AUGUACUGCUUCUGCAGAGUGCGCCUCGCUACCGCCGUUUUUGGCGCGUCCUUCUGCGCGGGCGGUGAAUUCUCCUCCGCCGCCUUCACUGGGGACGACGGCGGGGAACACGCGAAACGCGAGUCGACGCGGGCCCAACACACGGCCGACACCACAGACACCGUCUCUGCUUCCACGGCCUGCAGCCGGCCCACGAUUGACACGUAUCGCGCCAUGUCGGCGGAGGAGCUGGAGACGCUUCUGCGCACCCGCGAGCAAGAGGCCCAGCAGCUAAGAGCCGUGUACGAGAACUUUCACUACGAAGUUGACAAGACCAUGAAUCUGUCACAGGUUCACGGGAUGAUGCAGCUUAGAUCCCUGCAGAUUAGCCAUGAGGCUCUUGUGAAGCUCCGGGAGCAGCAGGAGAUGUACAGCCGUGACCACCGCCUUCUCGUCACCGUAUGUACCGUGUUUACCUUUGCGUUUUGGGUGUGGGUCCGGACGGCACUACGUCCGCUACGGGGACCUCUUUGGAGAUGA